CGCCCAGCGAGCGGCUGCCGCACGCGGCCCCUCCGCGGGGGGUGGGGCUAUGGCGCGCAGGUCGCGCGCGCCCGUUUCCCCGGCAACGCGGCCGCGGCCACUCCCCACCCCCGCGCCGCGCUCUGCUCCGCCUUCCCCGGGGCGGUGGCGCCGCACCCCUGUGCUCCCAGGAUGCUCCGCGGGCCUGCGGCGGGCGGUGGCGCGAGCGGAAGGUGAGGCGCCAUUUUUAAAUUCCUCAGACCGUUGGCGGCCGCUACCGGGUGAUUACUUUGGCUAUUGCAAGUUGCUGAUGAUGGAGUAAAGAGUGAGGAGUGUUAAAGUAAUGGUAGGUGACUUGAUCUUCUGGGAUGUCAUCAGCAGAAAAGAGUGGAUGGUGUUAUAGAUUUGUUAUAUAUUAAUUUUUAUCAAUAAUCAUCGUGAGUAGUCAUUGUAGAAUGGAUACCUUUGGUGGCCUGCUUCCUCCCAUGGUUGGAAAUGGUGAUGUUGCUAGUUCACAAGAGUUGCAAAAACUUCUGAUUGAUGAAAAAAUGCGAUGUGAACACCAUAAAGCAAAUUAUCAAACUCUAAAGGCCGAACAUAUAAGGUUACAGGAGGAAUAUACAAAAUCACAAGAUGAACUGAAACGGUUGUUAGUUGAAAAGCAAACUGUACAUGACAAAUUUCAGUUUCUCCUUGCUGAAUAUCAAGAGGAGUUGCUGGGUAAAACACAAGAGCUUGAAGAACUGAAGAUGCAGGUGUUAACUCCUCAAAAAUUGGAAUUAUUAAGAGCACAAAUACAGCAGGAAUUGGAAUCUCCUGUGAGAGAACGUUUGAAGAAGCUAGAAAUUGAAGUGGAAAAAUAUAGAACAGAAUAUAACAAACUUCGUUAUGAACAUACCUUUCUAAAAUCAGAAUUUGAACAUCAAAAGGAAGAGCAUGCACGUGUUUUAGAGGAGAAGAAAAUAAAAUAUGAGGCUGAGAUAACAAGGCUGGAUAAAGAUAAAGAAGAACUCCAUAAUCAGCUGCUUAGCGUUGAUCCCACAAGGGACAGUAAACGCGUGGAGGUACUCUCCAGAGAAAAGGCACAACUACAUCAGAAACUAAAAGGCUUAGAAGCAGAAGUAGCAGAACUAAGAGCCGAAAGAGACAACUGUGGUGUGCAAGCAGAAAAUGUUCAAAGGAUACAAGUACGACAGUUAGCUGAGAUGCAGACUAUGGCAAGGUCUCUAGAGGCAGAAAAGAAGUCUGCUGAACAACAGAUUGAUCGCAUUGAGAAAGAACUGCAGAUGAGUCAUGAGCAAAACAUUAUUUUAACCAGCAAACUUCACAAAUCUGAACGAGAAGUCAACUCCUUAGCUGCUAAAGUAGAAGAACUUAAACAUUCACAUAAAUUAGAAGUAACAAAUGUCAAACUGGAGGCAGCAAGAACAAAGAGUGAGGUAGAAAGAGAGCGAAACAGGAUUCAAAGCGAAAUGGAUGGAUUGUUGUCAGACAAUGAAAUUCUUAAAGCAGCUGUUGAACGUCAGAAGGUGCUUUUAGUUGAAAAGGAUCGGGAGCUAAUUCGUAAAGUGCAAGCUGCCAAAGAGGAAGUUUUUGAAAAAAUUGCAGCAUUACAGGAUGAAAAGUUAGAACUUGAGAAGAGAUUAGCUGAUCUAGAGAAGAUGAAAGCCAAACAAGAUACUUGGAGGCAAUCUGAAAAGGAUCAGUACGAAGAAAAACUACGUGUUGCACAGAUGGCAGAAGAAUCUAGCAAAAAGGAACUUCAACGACUGCGAUUAAAAAUUCAACAGCAAGCUAUUCAGACUGAGGAGUUGGAAGAGAAGAAAACUGAAGCUGCUGACCUAAAACAGGAAUCAGGAGAUGGGGCAUCUAUGAGUGUACGUGUGUGGAGGGAAAAAAGAAAGGAAAACAGUCAUCAUCUCUACGUGCUGACUGUGGAGUGUCAGCUUCAAAUUCAUGACUUGCAGCUCCAAGUUGCCUCACUUUCUCAAUCAGAAAAUGAUUUGCUGGAUUCCAAUCAAAAGCUGAAAGAAAUGAUAGAAAGGUUAAAACAAGAAUGUCAAAAUGCAAGGAGCCAAGCAGAAAAAGCUCAACUGGAAACAGAGAAGACUUUAGAAUACAAACGUAUCGAAUGGCUGGAGGAAAAGCAUGAACUUACUCAGCGUAUCACAGAAAGAGAAGAGAAAUAUAACCAAGUGAAGAACAAGCUAUGUCGAGCUGCUGUUGCUCAAAAAAAGAGAAAGACUCUCAAUGAUAAUAAACACAGGAGGAUGCAAGAGAAACUAGAACUUUUGGAAGCCAAGAUAGAAGAACUAGAAAAAGAAAAUCAGGUAUUAAAUAGGCAGAAUGUUUCCUAUGAAGAAUAUACAUGCCUCCGGAAGAGACUAAAGGACUUGCAACGUAGACACAAUGAAUUCCGGAGUUUAAUUCUGAAUCCUAACAUACCAUCGCUCAAUCCAGUUGGUAUAAUGUCAUCAUCUGCCUUGCCUCCUGGGCCUGAAGUGUCCUUUCCCCUUCUUCAGGAGGAACAACAUCAAAGGGAGCUUUCCCUGCUUCGCAAGCGGCUGGAAGAACUAGAAACCACACAAAGAAAACAGCUGCAAGAGCUCGGACCAUCAAGAGAGCAAGUAAUGGUGGGAGCAUACAGGGACUUAGCUAGAAGCAAGCUAACUGAAGAAGAUGGUGCACGAAGUGAGGACUCUAAAUAAAAUGUGCAAACUCUACCUACUGUUAGUUUUCAAUAGCUUAUCUUUCGUACAUGCUUUUAUUUAAUAUUUUGCCAAAAACAUGCUUAUAUGUGCCCGAAUAGCAUAAAACAUAUCCUGCAUAGUUUUGUAUGUAUUUUUGAUAGACAGUAGUAAAUUAUCGAAUGUAGCGAUUCAAAACAAAAGCAUUCUAAGAGUAAUUCCAUUUUAAAAAUCUUUUUAUAUGAAUGAUAUAAAAUCAUCUGGAAGUCAAAACAUAUGGAAUAAUCUUGCUGCACAAAACUUUUAAGAAUGCCUCUCAAGGUUUGGGUUUUGCUGAUAUUUAAAACAUAAAUUAAAGUCAACUUCUUUGGAAAAAUCUUUUACAACAUCUUUGAUAAUAUCCUCUUACCCCUUCAAUGUAGAAGUUAUUGUAUCAAUGUGGAGUUUCGCUGGGUUGCCUUAUCACAUUUGGAUUUUUAUUUUUGAAGUUGCCAUGCACAUAGACAGGAUGAAAUGUAAUGGAAAAAGUGAUGAAAAUUUUGAUUUUCUGUUCUUGACAAUGUGCCUCUCAUAUAUUUACAAAUAUUUUAUAACAGGAAGAAGCAAUAAUCAGGUUCUUAAAAUAAUGUAUUAGAGAUGAAGUAUAACAGAUUGCCUUCACAUUAGGUACAUGUGAGUUUGUAUUUGUUGUUGGUACUGUAAUGUGUCUGUUUACUUAACUACAAUGAAAUCUAUUUAUUCAAGAUUUAAUAUAUAUAUUUUAAAUUUUCUUUGUAUUUUUUUCUUCAUUAUCAGUUUAGUACAGAAAUGUGUGAAGGAUCAAUUUAUUUUUAUGACUUGAUAGUGAAAACUUUCCUGAAAGUGCAAGAAUGAUUUUUUUUUUAUCUCUCGUUUUUCAAGAUAGUGCAGUGAAGAUAUAUUACAGUGAGAUCUGUAGGGGGAUUUCUUUUAAUAGUUUAUUCAAUAUUGUUGUAAUAGUGAAGUAAUAGACAACUGAGUAACUAAAUUACAUGCGGUGACAUUGUCAUUAAUAUUGAUUCAACUUUGCUCUCCAGCUUCUGCUUUUUUGAUUUUCCAUACAGUCGGUAAGUAUAAACUUUGUAUUGUAUUUUCUUGGGGAAUUUUUUUAAAUGGUUCUCUGAGGAAAAUCGUGUAUUAAGCCUGUAACUAUUAAAGUAAUGGAAGCUA